GAUCCGGCGGCAGGGCAAGCUGUGCGACGUGACCCUCAAGUCUUGUAGCUCUGUUGGAGCCUGACGCAGACAUACUUCCCAAGCAUUAACUAAAGACACCGUGCUCCCUUUCUGUCUCGGUUGGAGCUGAGGAUGCUUAACUGCUUGCAGAAUGGCAGGCCAGAGGAGACCAUGAUGGCUCCUGUGUUCCGGUGGACCUGACCAGCUGUGUUCAGGGCCAUGAAGAUUGGGGACCACAAAUUCAGUGCUCACCGGAUCGUCUUAGCAGCCUCAAUCCCGUACUUCCACGCAAUGUUUACAAAUGACAUGAUGGAGUGCAAGCAGGAUGAGAUUGUAAUGCAAGGAAUGGACCCAAGUGCGCUGGAGGCUCUCAUCAACUUUGCCUACAAUGGUCAUCUUGCCAUUGACCAGCAAAAUGUCCAGUCACUGCUGAUGGGAGCGAGCUUCCUGCAACUGCAGAGUAUCAAAGAUGCAUGCUGCACGUUCCUCCGAGAAAGGCUUCAUCCAAAAAACUGCCUGGGUGUGCGCCAGUUUGCUGAGACAAUGAUGUGUGCUGUGCUGUACGAUGCGGCCAACAGCUUUAUCCACCAACACUUUGUGGAAGUAUCCAUGUCAGAGGAAUUCCUGGCCCUGCCCUUGGAGGACGUACUUGAACUGGUGUCUCGGGAUGAGCUGAAUGUAAAGUCAGAGGAACAGGUCUUUGAAGCUGCUUUGGCCUGGGUCAGAUAUGACCGGGAACAGAGGGGUCCCUGCCUGCCUGAGCUGUUGUCCAAUAUCCGCUUACCCCUCUGUCGACCCCAGUUCCUGUCAGACCGAGUGCAACAGGAUGACCUGGUGCGUUGCUGCCACAAAUGCAGGGACCUGGUAGAUGAAGCAAAGGACUAUCACUUUAUGCCUGAGCAGCGCCGGCCCUACCUGCCAGCUUUCAGAAUUCGGCCUCGCUGCUGCACUUCCAUCGCUGGGCUUAUCUAUGCUGUGGGAGGCCUCAACUCAGCAGCAAAUUUUUAUGCAGGUGAUUCCCUGAAUGUGGUGGAAGUGUUCGACCCCAUCGCCAAUCGCUGGGACAAGUGUCAUCCCAUGACAACAGCCCGCAGCCGCGUUGGUGUGGCUGUGGUGAACGGGCUUCUUUAUGCCAUUGGGGGGUAUGAUGGCCAACUCCGGCUGAGCACUGUGGAGGUCUACAACCCAGAGACGGAUUCAUGGACCAGAGUUGGGAGCAUGAAUAGCAAGAGAAGUGCCAUGGGGACAGUCGUGCUGGAUGGGCAGAUCUAUGUCUGUGGGGGCUACGAUGGCAACUCUUCUCUCAACUCUGUGGAGAUGUACUCACCUGAGACGGACAAGUGGACAGUGGUGACCCCCAUGAGUUCGAAUCGCAGUGCUGCUGGGGUUACGGUCUUUGAGGGCAGGAUCUAUGUGUCAGGUGGCCACGACGGUUUGCAAAUCUUCAACAGUGUCGAGCACUACAACCACCACACAGCCACCUGGCACCCAGCAGCUGGCAUGCUCAAUAAGCGUUGCCGGCAUGGAGCUGCCUCCCUGGGAAGCAAGAUGUUUGUGUGUGGGGGCUAUGACGGCUCUGGCUUCCUCAGCAUCGCCGAGAUGUACAACUCUGUGGCGGACCAGUGGUGCCUGAUAGUUCCCAUGCACACACGCCGCAGUCGCGUCUCCCUGGUGGCCAGCUGUGGGCGCCUCUACGCUGUGGGCGGGUAUGAUGGACAGUCCAACCUAAGCUCCGUGGAGAUGUAUGACCCAGAGUUGGACUGCUGGACAUUUAUGGCCCCCAUGGCUUGUCAUGAAGGAGGGGUUGGCGUGGGCUGCAUCCCUCUCCUUACCAUCUAAGGCAGAGUGAGGGUUGUGGUGGGGUUGGGAUUUGGUACAAACAGAGACACUUCCUUCCAGGGACAGUCCCUCUCAAGGGAAGGUGGUGGACCAGAAGAUGGGAUGAAAGGUGAGCUCACCGGAGGUACAGUUUUCCAGGUGCUUAAGUCUUCCCUCACUGUGCUACCCUGGUGACCUUCAGGCCCAGGUCAUCAAGAUGCACAGCAUGGGACAGAAGCCCCUCUGGGUCCUGCAGCUGGUGACACGGGACUGCUCUGCUGGUCCACGCAUACGCAGGCACCAUCCAAGCCCAGCUCUAAUUUGGGGAUUUCAGUGAGACCUUUUUCAUCCUGUUCAGGAGUAAAAGAAGAAAUAAAGAUACUUGAAAAAAAACUGAAGGAAAUUUAAACAAACACUUGAAAGAAACUGGAAAGAAAACUACUUUAAGUAGACAUUUUUUGCAAGAAGAACAUAAAAGACUAAAAGCAAAUAUGUGUUUAAAUGGAAAGCCACCAAACAUGAAAAAGGGCACUAUCCGUUCCCACAUUCGGAUCCCAGGGUCCUGAUGCCUCACCUAGCACUUGGGGUUCCCUCUGAGCCCCAGCGUGUUGGAAUCAGUGCACUUUUGACUGGUCCUACAAGUAGCAAGGUGCUCAAGGGGUUUGUCUUCAUACCCACUAUCAGAGGACUUUUUUAAUCAUAGGCUUAGCCCGUCGGCUAAAUUACUGCCGCUCUUCUAGGUGAAGAGUUCCCAGUUGGUGGCUGGAGGCUCAGCUGUCCCUAUGGUUACCUCCCAUUGCCACUGUGGCAGUCACUCAGAUUCCCCACCCUCACUUUCAUCCUUCCUUAUUUGACCAGCAGGUUAACAGCAGGUCUGGCCAGAUUCUCACUUGCCCAUCUAUCAUUCUUGGAUAGCUUUCCUUGUGAUGCUUCUGGGGCACAUUGACCAUUUGUACCUCUAGAUCUAACCAGGGACUUGUUCCUUCCACCAGCCAUGGGCUGUUUGACCCAAUAACCUCCUCUGUUGUACCAGUCCACUGCUCUCCUCCAUCUACUCACCAAUUCCCGGGGUCUGGCCACCCUCCCUCUGGCCCCUGGAAGACCAACCAGCAAGGUGGACUUUUACAUUCAAGUAAAGCUGGCUCUCUGACGUAAAGAACUAAAGGCUAAAAUGAAUCUCUUGCUGCUGCAAAGUACAGAUUUUAUAUUUCUCCCUCUGAUCUUAGGAAAUGACUUCUUGAAGAGACUGUGCUCCUUCCUUCUCCUUGGAUGGGACCUUAAUGUAGCAAAACAGGAUCCCAACAGGAGGACACAUUCUGCUACCAGUACACUGGGCAGUGGGGCUGUCCUUCCAUGGCUACUGCCAAAAUCUGCUUCUCUAAAAUUCUUCAGUUAGAGACUAAAAGAGGAUACAAUUCCUUUAACACAGGACUCAGUCUUAGUGUCCAAGUCUCCACUUGACUGGUCUCCUGUCCGUCACUGCCUACCUGGGGUGAGCUGGAAGCCUAUUCAGAAAGAUGCAGUGUGUGUAGUCGCCAUGUACCUGAAGGCAAGUACCUUUAUUACCUGCCACUUAACAGCUGGACCUCUGCUACAAGCACUUGAAAUUGAUGUUUUUAUAUUGAAAGACAACAGUCUGAUAUAGUUUAGGCUGGGCUUAUGGUGGCGCUCCAGCAUUUCUCACUCCUAGGUUUGCCUGCAGAGGUAGACUCGGAGGUGGGGUCUGCAUUUCCUAUUAGAGAGAAGGAGUGUAUCAUCUUAUGAGCCCCUUUUGUGUAUGAAGUUGAAGCAGCACUGAUGAACCUGGGUUGUGAAGGUGUUAAGAAUCAGUUGGGCUGAGUAGCCUUCCACUGGUCCUUAGUAUACUAGCCUGGAUUUUGCCAUUUGGAUGACAGGUCUCCUCCCAUGACCUGCUGCUCUUGUAGUCUCCUUAAGUCCACUCUCACCUCCUGGUAUAGAAGUUACACUGCUGCGCCAGAGGUCAGUGUUUUAAUCUGGGCUCUGAGCAAAAAUGAGCAAAUGUCAAGAUUUUCAUAUACUUUGCACUUGGCUCCCCAAACUGAUAUGGGUAACUUUGCACGUGGCUAAUCUGGCCUUUGGUGUUGGAGCCUUUCCAAUAGCACCAUGAAGAAGAGAGGCAUCACCCAAGGGUAUUACAAAAAGGCUGUAAUAAAUAGGUAGCACAGAUGUGCUCAGUGGGCCUAGCCCAGCUCUGAACAUAGGAAUGUGGCAUUUGCUAUCCUUGGCAUUUCCCUUCUUAGAAAAUAUACAGAACCUUCUGUCCUGGGUUACAUCUGACAUCAAUGCCAGAAUGGGAGCUGAAGACCGGCCUUUUAACUUGACCACAGAACUAAGACUAGAUAGAAAUUCUGCCCUCCCCAAUUUAUUAUUCCCCAGAAAAUCUGGUUUUAUUUAUAGAAUGCAUGUCUUUCAUGUUAAGAAACCAAAGAGAAAUAAAGAGUGCACUCCUCACAUCUUGCCCUUUACUGAUUUAUUUUUUAAAUGUUAGAAGUAAAUAAUAUUUCUAUUAUAAUUCAGUGAAAAAAUGUAUUGAGCAAAGUGUAAAUAUUCCUGUGAAAACAAGGGAAAAGCCAGACUCCAUUUGCAAGUUACAUAUUUGCUCCUGUGACCACAUCACAUCUUCUCUUAGAUUCCUCUUUCUCUUUUCUCGCUGCCAUGAAACUCUGGAUUCCCAGAGAAAUGUGACUUGCCUGGAACCAAACCCCCCAGCUACUUUUUCAUGCCCUGAACCAGUGGUGCUUAACUUUGGUACACAUGAAGUUCACUAGAAAAAUUUUAAAUCACAAAUUCAUUUGUAGAUCCCUCCCCAGAGAUGCGCUUUUGAGGGCUGGGGUAUUGCUCAGGCGCUAGAGUGCAGGCAACUUUCCUUGAUGUUGUAUGUGUUUAUCAUAGUGUGAGAGUUGGACUUCUGUGUUUAGUGUCCACUUUAGAUACAGCCACAUUUCAGAUCUGCCUUGAUGAGGUUACCCCCUGGUUACUGUGCUUGUGGAUGUUAAGAAACUCUUUAAUCACACUCUUCAAAAGUCAGCUUAUAGUCAGUCCCAUCCAUUAGGUACUGAUUAUACUUUCAAGUGAUAACCUUAUCUUUGAAGUUUUAGAAGGGUAUGUCACUCCCCGGCAUGUGUUUUGCACAUAAACACUACUGAUUCUCAGCUGGUUUACUCCAUGGUCACCACAGACUGAGCAGUGUAGCUCAUUUUAACAUAAAUUGCCUCAGUCUGAGAAACUGACCUGACUCAACUAACUGGUAAUAUUGUAAAGAAUUGAGACCAGAUUUCCGUACUCACUGCCCAUUCACCCGAGUAGAGCAGGGUGUUCGACCUUUGAAGCAGCUCCCCCAUCAGCCUUCACCCUGUUGUGUGGAGGUCUGGUGCCUGGUACUGUGAUGGGCUUUGGAGAAGCAGACUGCAGGGAGGGCAAGAGGAGCUAUGUUGGCAUUAUAGAAACAGUACCUUUGUGUUGAAAUAGGAAGCCAGAUCAUAUGCAGGCUCCCCUGUGGGAGAAAGGCCAUAUGCCUAUAAAGUAGUAACAGCCCUUUCCAUGUAAGCCAACACCCCCUUGCUCAGAACCAGUGAGUCCAUGGGUGAAGAAGGGACCCAUGAACUUCAACUAGACUCAUUUCAGUUUCUUUCUUUUUUUUUUUUUUUUGGCAGUUGUUCUUUGGACCUUCCUCUAACAGUUGGGAGCAGAGCCCACUCCUCUUCACCCCAGAGAGGAGCCCUACUGGUUUUUACUGCUGCUCACCAUAACAUUACAUAACUGAAGAAUGGUAUGAGAGUCACACAGCUCUCAUAGAAAUUAUUCUAAACUUGGGGCUUCCCUGUUGGCCUAUGGGUUUAUCUCAUCACUAUCACCGCCACAGCCUGAUUCCAUCCCUGGCCAGGGAGAUAUGCCCACAUAUGGAGCAGCAGACCUCUCCUGUCUCGCCUGCUCAUCCCCUUAGCAGUAUAUUUCAGUAAGUCCAUCUGUUCUUUUCUCUGGUGAGUCCUCUCACCCCCCACACCUCUGGCCUACACCCCCGUUCUACGUAAAAAUAAAAAUGAAUGACCCUGGAAUUGUUUAAAAAGAAAAAUUAUUCCAGAAUUACUGUUACCAAUCUCCUCUCUAGUGUAAACAUGUUUCUUUUCUCUUUAUUGGAGCUUAGUUCCAUAUUUAAUUCUCUUUCUAGAUUUGUAGUUCUGGAUAAAACCUAAACUCUAUGUCAUGGCAUAGAAAACUACUAUAAUCUGGCACUUCCUCCCACUUUGCCUCUCUACUACAGUGCUUCAGGGUCUCAGUUUAGAUGUUACUCAGGCAGGAAAGCAUCUCUGGUCAGCCUGGUGCCCCUCUUCUGUGCUUAUUCGUGACUUUACCCUACCAAGGCAAUGGGAGUGUUUGCUUGUCUUACUAUGGAUAGUAAGCGACGGCAGUCUCUGUAACUGUGUACCCAACAUGGGGUACAGAGAAGAGACAAUGUUUCUUGGAGAACUUGAGGGUAAUCAGGUAUCAUCAGACUUAAGUUCGCCUAAUCACACUUCCUUGUCAUCAUUUCAGGUCACUGACUUUUUAAUAGUUUUAUUAAGGUGUAAUUUAUAUCCACUGUCAUUCACCUAUUUUAAGUAUGCAAAUCAAUUAUUUUUAAUAAAUGUACAGAGUUUGUGCACCCAUUACCACUAUCCCAUUUGGGAUUGUUUUCAUCACUUCAAAAACUUCCCUCCUUGGGGCCUCCUUGGUGGUGCAGGCGGUUGAGCACAGUGCUGUGAAGCUGUCUGCAGGCUCUGCAGUGCGAGUUCAAUCUGACUGGCCUCAGAGAUACCCACAUGGUGAGGCAGACCUCUCCUGUCUCACCCGCUGCUCCCCUCAGCAGUGUAUUUCAGUCAGUUUGCCUGUUCUGUUUCCUGCUCUGUCUCUGGUGAAUCCUCUCACCCUCCCACACCUCUGGCCUGUGGGAAUCUCCCUGGCUGGCCGGGAAUCGAGCCUGCUCUGCAGGGGCUGUGGACAGUUUCACACUCCCUGGCUGUGCUCAACCCACUGUACCACCAGGGAGGCCCCUAUCCCAUUGAUGAAUAUUUAGAUCAUUUCCAGUUUGGAGCUAUUAUGUGCAAGUGCUGUGGACAUACAUUCCUUCUGGGUAGAUUCCUAGGAGAGUGGAAUUUCAUUUGUAAAUUUAUGUUUAACUUCUGAAGAAACUGACAUGCUUUUCCAAAGUAGCAGUGUCAUUUUAUAUUCCCACCAGCCAUGUAUGAGGGUUCAGGUUUCUCCAUAUCCUUGCCAGUUCUUGGAAUUGUCUCUUUUUGAUUAUAGCCAUCGAUUAU